CAGUUGUCUUCCGCCCAAGCCUUCCCUUAGUGACCCUGCUCUGCUCAGAGGGACCGUUCCUCAGAGAUCUUCUCUCCCCAGGGACAUGCACUGGCAGGUGGGGGCUGCUCCUGUGCCAUUAGAGCACAGCAGGAGGCAUGGAGCAGAUGCCUUCUCCUCCUUCCCCACGGGGUCCCCAGGUCUGCCCUGGGGAGUACCUGUAAGAGAUGGCAAGUCACAUACCUUUCUAUUUCUGCUUCGCUCAGAAAGCCUGGUGCAUCAUCUGGAAACAGACUCAGGGGCCGGGACCCGGGACCCUCCGGCCGCCAGCUGGAGCACGGCCCUCUCCGAGGACAGGAAGCCGACGAGGUUCACCCGGGACCAGCAGGACCUGCCUCACUGCCCCUGGAGCUCCGAGGGUGUCCCCUUGGCGCUCGGCUGCCCCGGCGGCACCUCCGGGCGCCCCCGCGGGCAUGUGCAAGUGCAGCCCAGAGCCCGCGGAGGGCGUCCUAAUACAGUGUACGACGAACCAGCCAGACGCUGAAAACUUGAAAGGCAACGGAAUCAGUGACCGCGACACAAGCCUGUCCCUCCUUGUAACUCCGAGCUUCCUGAUUUACCAGACCCCACUGUUCAAUAAAGUGACAUUUGCUUUCGGGUCCAA